AUGUCUUCCUCCAUCUGCAAAGUGGCUUUGGCCCUGGCCUUCGCGACCACCGCACUGUCGGCUGUACCUGGGCAAGUUGUCGGCUCUGGAAGUCUGGCGAGUUUGGCCCAUUAUUCUGUAAACGAGUCGGAUACAUGCAUAUCCAUCAUCAACUCGCAUCCGAACACUCUGACUCUGAAUGAAUUCUACGUUUGGAACCCACAGGUCCAGCGCGACUGCUCAAAUCUUAUCCCCGGCGAGAAUGUCUGCAUCCGAGCUGGUACUUUGCAGGACUGUGGUGCUUGCAACGCUUCCAAUUAG